AUGAAGAAACAGCAAACCAAAACCACUGCCGAGAAUGCCAAGCCCGCAGAAGCAGCAGCAACGCCAGCCCCAAAAUCAAAGGCCGAAGCAGCACCAGCAGAAGCAUCCCCACGCAGCCCCGAGGUUCCUGCAGCUUCGGGGAAUAAGCCAGAACCCAAGGAUCUGGAGAUUCCCAAGGAAUCCAAGGCUGCUCCCACGGAACAGAAGAAUCCCCCAGCAAAGAAGGAUGCCAAGGAAAAAAAGGGUUCCAAAAAGGAGAAGAAGGAAACGAAGAAUGCCAAGGAAAAGAAGGGUUCCAAGGAUAAGAAGGAUAAGAAGGAUAAGAAGGAAAAGGACGCCGGGCCUUCCCACGAACAGAAUGAGAAAGCCAACACAGAGCAGCAACAGCCACCGGCUAAGAAACCCAGGACCGCAGAAGAGGCCCCACACACUCCGCCGCCCCGGCCCAGUGAUGGCAGUCCCCUCGGCUGCGACAAGCAGCCCUCCGCAAAGGUCGAGCUCCGGACCCUAAAUCCGCAAUCCAUGGCAAAAUUUUUCGAUUCCGAAACCUACGCAAAGCCCGAGCAGAAGCAGGAACCCCACAAGAUCACCAGCAUGGAUCGGAGAGACACAGAGCUCAGCCUAUCGACUUCACCAACUGAGCCUUUGGAGACCGAAAGCCCCACGCCGUCUGAUACGACUACCAGCUCCCCGCCAGCAGCCAAGACAAGCCAGCCCCCGGCAGCUCCAGCCCACCGUGUCAACGGCAAGACCCGAGAGGCAAGACUGGCUACUUUGUCUGCCGAGCAGAAGACGGAAUUGACAAACAUGAAUGGUCCCUCGGCGAUGCCCCGAGCCGAACGAAAACGCCAAUUCGCUGCUUUGGGUCGCAGGCUGAAGGCUGAGAAGGAUCUCCACGCUGGCUUGGCUAUGAAGUGGGGCAAAGCUGAUGAUAACGAAAAGUUUGGGAUGCUGAAGGAGUGGUUGCUGAACGAUGGCAAACUUGGGGCGAUCACCGUCGAGGAGAAGUUCGUAAAGUUCGCCGAAACGAUGGAGACGGACCUCUACGUCACCAUGACGGUGUUCCAAAUGGAGAAGGAAUUUGGAGAGUCGGAGGAGGCGGCUGAGUUUAUCAAAGAGAUCUGUGCAGGACAGAAGGGAACACCGCACCCUCAAGCGCCUAAGUGUGCGAAAGCUCGGAUGUACAAGGUGUUGAAAGCUUUGCUAGACGAAAGGCGACGGGGCUCGAGAGCGGAAUCGUCGGCUACUCUUCAAGGAGAGGUGAAUGACCCGGCUGCAAAGGCAGCCAUUGCCAGCCGGUUGAAAGGCCAGCUGGAUGAUCUAGAGGGACAGGAGCUUGUGGACCGCGAGACCGGUAAGAUCAAACUCCGUAAGCCCAAGAAAGAAACCAAGCACAUGACCGACGAUGAGAAGCUUGUUCACAACUUUAAGGGGCUCAUCAAAAAGUUCAAAAGCUUUUCUGAGAAGAUCACCACUUCGCUUCGUGAUCUUACCGGAGUGAAGCACUGCACCGACCUGGUCAAUCAUCUGACAGACACGCAGAAGACGCUGACCAAGAAGACCAAGCAGCUGGAGAAGCACUACACGACCACGAAUGACCACGGAUUAUUACCCCAUGCUGUUCUCUGUGGCACUUACAGCCUGUCGAUGUGUACCAAGAAGGCACGCCUGAUUCAGCAUGCCAUCGGUGACGCUUGUGUCGCAGCAUACCUUGGACUGCAGGAUGGCUCCCAUGCCAUUUAUGGCUUGGUGGAGGAGUUUCUGGAACUGUCACGACGAUUGUCGGUGCAGACGAUCAGAGAUUUGGUGGCUGCCGUGCACAAACGGAUACCACCCAUGCCUUCGUUCCGAGAUUUGGCAGAAUGCACCACUGGUUCUAACAACGUGCAGCGAAAUUUCCGGUGCUGGCUUCGCCGACAGAAGUGGAUGGCCUGCCUACCCGAACCAGUGACGAUGCUCAGCUGCAUUUUCCAAUAG